UUCCAGGUUACCAUAUGCCAUCGAUUGCUCCGCCCAACGACGAACAUCGACGAAAAUUCGCAACAAUCUGGAGAGAGCUGAACCAGGCGUAGGCCGCGUAUUAUUGCCACUCAUCCGUCCGCGCUCUUUCACUCUGACUAUCGGCUCUUUGGCAGCCACCGCCACGUUUUUGCCACCUCAUCAGUUCGAAUUGCUCCUUGCAGCAGCAGCAGCAGCAGCCCCUUGCUCGUCGCUUCCUUUGCUCAUUGCCUGACGGCCGACUACGUCUCGCUGGCAGGAAGCGGCUUCGACUCACUUGUUCACUCUGCUCCAACCCCCCUUCGCUCCAGCUCAAUCAGAAGCACUGCGGGCCCUUGAGCGCCGCCCCCAGUUCGAAUCACCAUGAACGCGCCAGAUCGCUUCGAGCUCUUCCUCGUUGAGGAGGGGGAGAAGAAGAUCACUGAGAAGCCCUUUGCUGGCAUGUCAAAUACAUCCGAUUUCAUCCUACUCAAGGAGGAUCACACCCUGGGUAACUUGCUCAGCGAGCACCUCAAGAUGCACCGGAACGUCAUGAUGGCCGGAUACAAAGUCGCGCACCCCAACGUGCCUGAGGUCAUGAUCCGAUUGCAGACGGACGGCACAAAGACGCCACGCGAGAUCCUGAUCGAAGUCUGCUCGAACCUGCUUACAGCGUAUAACAAGCUUGGCCGCGACCUGACGGCCGAGUACGAGCUGCGCCGCAUGGUUGGGGCGGGAGACCAAGACGGUGGUAUGAACGGUCGACCAUGAGGUGGAGUUUGCAGUUUAGGGUAAUUGUUGUAGCACUCCAACGUGGGUUUGUGGUCAACACGUUACCACCUGUUGGAUGAGAUUCAGCUGAGGUUGAAGCAUGAUCUGGCAGAUUGAAAAGGGCACGACAAGAUUGAUGAAAAACAAGCAAUGGAUAGGCGU